AUUUGUCUUAAUAAGCGGUAUAUUAAAAAUUGGUCGCAUGCCCUAGAACCCGGUUGUCCGCCGGCGUCUCUCCGUCUCGUUUCUCUCCGCUCCGGGUAAAUACGCGAAUCCACUCCUUCAGCGAUUCAACGAACAGAGUAAACAGCUGAACACCAUUGUGUCCUCAUGGAGAAGGCAUCUUCUCUACUCUUCUCCGGUGUUCACAUAGAUAGGAAGCGGUUUGCUCAUGACAUUGCUCGGUUUCAGCCGAAGAAGGAACUAAUUAAUCCUGAAAUCCCACCUGACAAAUUCAUGCUAUCUGCAGUGGAGGUAAAGGAUAACAUGAAGCAAAAGAAGAGGAAGCGCAAGGACAAGGAUUCUGCUGAAGCUGUGGAAGGGUUCAGUGUAUUCAAGAGUUCUGAAUCUUUAUCUUCCAUUCGGGAAAAGAAUGUUAUGGAUGCUGAUUCUAUUGAGCAGAAGAAGGAAGCAGCAAAACAGAUUGAGAGAUCUUCUAUUCUUCGGAAAAAGUAUAAGAUACAUGUUUCUGGGCAUGGUGCUCCUUCUCCACUUGAAAGUUUUGCAGAGCUUAGCUCAAGGUAUAAGUGCAAACCUUAUUUAUUGCAAAACUUAUCUGAACGUGGUUUCAGAGAGCCUACACCUAUUCAGAGGCAGGCUAUUCCAAUUCUCCUUUCCAAGAGGGAUUGCUUUGCAUGUGCGCCCACUGGUUCUGGCAAGACAUUAGCCUUUUUGUGUCCAAUUCUCAUGAAAAUUAAGCCAGGAUCAAAAAAUGGUGUGAAGGCUGUUAUUCUCUGCCCUACUAGAGAAUUAGCUGCUCAAACUGCUAGAGAGUGCAAGAAGCUGGCCAAGGGGAGGAAAUUUUACAUCAAGUUGAUGACCAAGGAACUUUCCACAAGUGGGAAUUUUGAAAAGAUGCCAUGUGAUAUAAUCAUAUCUACUCCCCUUCGAUUGGAUUUUGUUAUUCGUAAAAGAAAGCUUGAUUUGAGCCGGGUUAAAUAUCUAGUCAUGGAUGAAGCUGAUAAGCUUUUUGAGCUAGGUUUUAUGGAACAAAUUGAUUCUGUGGUCAAAGCCUGUUCCAAGACCACUGUAGUUCGUUCACUGUUUAGUGCAACCUUGCCAGAAUCUGUUGAAAAACUUGCAAGCACAGUCAUGGUUGAUGCAGUCCGAGUGAAUGUUGGUAGAAAAAAUUCUGCCUCUGAGUUGAUUAAGCAAAGACUUGUUUUUACUGGCAGCGAGAAAGGAAAACUGCUUGCUCUUCGUCAAUGUUUUCAAGAGAGUUUGAAUCCUCCUGUACUAGUGUUUGUCCAAAGCAAAGAAAGAGCAAAGGAACUUUACAGGGAAUUAGCAUUUGACGAUAUAAGAGCUGAUGUUAUUCAUGCUGACCUUUCCCAGCAGCAGAGAGAAGAUGCAGUUAACAACUUCAGAUCAGGCAAGACAUGGGUUUUGAUAGCAACAGAUGUGGUUUCUCGUGGGAUGGAUUUUAAGGGCAUCAAUUGUGUGAUUAACUAUGAUUUUCCUGAAUCUGCAGCUGCUUAUAUUCAUAGAAUUGGUCGGUCUGGUCGAGCUGGAAGACCUGGAGAAGCUAUAACAUUCUACACUGAAGAGGAUAAGCCUUUUCUGCGCAACAUAGCGAAUGUGAUGGCCAUAUCUCAUUGUGAGGUUCCUGCCUGGAUAUUAGCACUGCCUAAACUCAAAAAAAGAAAGCACCGGCCACAUCGAGACUCAAUAUCAACUCUACCCGAGGAUAACACAUAAAUCUGUUUGAAAGCUUUCAGGAUCUCAUCUCCCAUCUUGUCUUUCCAGGUUGGUUCUGCACAUGUUCACAAGUGAAUGCCUGCAUCGCUUUUCUUUAAUCCGAUCAAACGUUAUCUUUAUGACUCGCACAGAUUUCCUGCAGUUUUCUAUUGCUGCUCUGUGUUCCAUGAUUUCAAUCAGAGGCUUUAUUUAACGGAGAAUCAAGUAUUGGUUCUUGAAAACAUACUUCAAACCUCCUAGAUACUGUACUUAUGCAUUUUUGAUUUUUUUUUCCCCUUCCAUUUUACUCUAUAAGUUCUCUAGUAUGUUCAAAUGCUGCAUUUUAUGACGAUCAGGAACAUAGAAGCAAAUAGAUUAAGAGUUGGCCUUUACCUUUACAUUA